AUGCGGCGGCUAGGGGAGUUAAAGCAGCUCAUCUACAUCCUUCCUAUGGCUAAGGCCAAACUCCAAGCCCAAGACAACGACCUCUUCUCUCUCAAAGAGAAAGUGCAGGAGUUUUUGGCGAGUCAACGUCAAGUGAUGCUUAUUCUAGGUUAUUCAGGAGCUGGAAAGUCAACAUUUAAUCGACACUUGGAACACCAACUCUGGACAGACUACAAGCAUGGCGAAUCCAUCCCUCUCUAUAUCAACCUUCCCACCAUUGACGACCCAGAGCAUGAUCUGAUCGAGAAGCAGUUACUGCAGUACAACUUCUCGGAAGAUCACAUCCAGGAGAUGAAGCACCACCGACAGUUUAUUCUUAUCUGUGAUGGUUACGAUGAACGUCAGCUCAAGAUCAAUUUCCACACCACCAACCAGCUCAACCAGCCGGGACAGUGGAGAUCCAAGAUCGUCAUCAGCUGCCGUAGUCAGUUUUUGGAAUCGGACUACCGCUCUCGAUUCCAGCCUCAGCCUGUCGACUGGGACCAGUCGACUUGGACAAAUCUCUUUCAAGAAGCUGUUAUUGCGCCUUCGUCCAAGGAGCAGAUCGAGGAAUAUGUCACCUGCUACGUCCCGCUCGAGCCUCGACCUUGGGUUACGGGGGACUAUAUGCGGAUGCUCACCACUAUCCCCAACCUCAUGGACCUGGUCAAGAUCCCCUUCCUUCUGCCGCUAGCGCUCGAAGCUUUGCCAUCCAUUGCCGAGGGCAAGCAGGAUCUCUUGACUGUCAGGGUAACCCGCGUUCAACUCUAUGAUAUCUUUGUUGAACGCUGGCUGAGUGUCCAUAGAGGUCGUCUCCAGGACAAUGACUUGCCACAGGAUGACCGACGGGCCUUCAAUGAGUUAUUGGGUGCAGGCUUUGUAUCGAUGGGCACUGAUUACGCCAUGAGGCUGGCGCUGGCGAACUUUGAGAGACAGAAUGGAAACCCAGUUGUCCAGUACACCCACUUUCAUGACCACGACACCUAG